ACGCAGUUCUUUGGCGACAAGAACAACCUGAUGCUCGAUGGCAGCCGCCGUGGGACACAACGUGACUUCUGCCUGCUGAGGCGGUACCGGGUCCGGGCUCCUUCGUCCAGAGCUCUCCCAGUGACAUCCAGUCGGGACAGAGGAUCCGGCUCCGAGGGCGCUGUGUUACUGACCUGUCUGUGUCUGUUGUGAUGAGCCUGGAUGGAAGCUAAGGUGAGCUCACGUGUGAUCUGAUCCAGCUUCAACACUCUAGAUCUGCACUUGCAUUUAAAAAAAGAAAUACCACACUUGCUUUACCGAGAGCAUAACAGCAGGGGCUGCACUUGCUGAUUUUGGGAACCUAACUAUAUGAAAUAAUGGCUAGUUAUAAACCUGUAGUGGUUCAGUCAUUUCCCAAGCUUGGUGAGAAAAUCACACAAGAUACUUUGUAUUGGAAGAAUUACAAGACUCCUGUUCAAAUAAAGGAAUUUGGUGCAGUGAAUAAAAUUGACUUCUCUCCAAUUCCUCCACAUAAUUAUGCUGUCACGGCCUCUUCAAGGAUCCAUAUUUAUGGUCGGUACUCUCAGGAGCCGAUCAAAACGUUCUCUCGCUUCAAAGAUGCUGCUUAUUGUGCUACAUAUAGAGAUGAUGGCAGGCUGCUUGUUGCUGGCAGUGAAGAAGGUGUCGUUCGGCUAUUUGAUAUCAGUGGAAGAGCAGCACUGAGGCAAUUUGAUGGUCACACUAAAGCAGUACACGUAGUGGACUUUCUGUCUGAUAAAUACCGUAUAUUCUCUGGUGCUGACGACUAUACUUCGAAGUUGUGGGAUAUUCCAAGUGCAACAGAAAUUGUGUCAUACAGCGAGCAUACGGAUUAUGUGAGAUGUGGCUGUACAAGUAAACUGAACACAGAUCUUUUUGUAACAGGUUCAUACGAUCACACUGUGAAAGUAUUUGAUGUACGGACAGAAAAAAGUGUUAUGACUGUAGAGCAUGGACAGCCUGUGGAGAGUGUUGUUCUCUUCCCUUCUGGGGGUCUUCUAGUCUCUGCAGGAGGCCGGUAUGUUAAAGUCUGGGACAUUCUAAAAGGAGGGCAAUUACUAGUAUCGCUGAAAAAUCACCAUAAAACUGUAACCUGUUUAUGCCUCAGUAGCUCUGGGCAAAGGCUGCUCUCAGGAUCAUUAGACAGGCAUGUGAAGGUUUACAGUACAACCUCCUACAAAGUAGUCCACAGCUUUGAUUAUGCUGCAUCAAUUCUGAGUCUUGCAUUGGCUCCUGAAGAUGAAACUAUAGUUGUAGGUAUGACCAAUGGGGUACUAAAUGUGAGACACAGAAAACACGAAGAAAGCAAAGAACGUUUUCCAAAGAAGAAACGGCCAGGAUACAGAACCUUUGUAAAAGGAAGAAACUACAUGCCGAAGCAGGAGGAUUUCUUUGUCAGUAAACCUGUGAGAAGUCACUUGAAAAAGUAUGACAAACUACUAAAAAGCUUCCAGGUAUCCAAGGCUCUUGAUGUAGUACUUGAGGCCCGUAACAGGACGCCUGAAAUUACAGUUGCAGUCAUGCAGGAGCUAAAUCGCAGAGGAACACUGAAAAAUGCACUUGCAGGACGAGAUGAAACACAACUUAGCAUCCUCCUGGCUUUCUUGAUAAGGUAUGUGGUUGAGCCAAGAUUUGCCCCUAUGCUGAUAAAAGUUGCAGAAAUGAUUAUUGAUAUUUAUCUCCCUGUGGUUGGACAAUCGGCAGUCAUUGAUAAACAAUUCUUAAGACUCCAAGAGAUCAUAGAAAAAGAAAUUGAUUACCAGGCGGAACUACUUGAAGUUUUGGGAAUGAUGGAUGCACUGUUUGCUACCAUGACGAGGAAAAAGGCCACUUCUCUAGAGGAGAACAAAACUCAUGGUAUUUUGAGGGUUCCGGAACAAGCUACAAGUAACUAACUGUCUAAUUCCAUACGUCAUAUUUGUGGAAAAUUCAUUGGAUUUAAAAAUCUACGAAGCUUUCCCCAGAUAACUUUUUUUCUGUAGCAGCUUUCAAAAUACUACUUUGCUUCAGGAAAUGGAAACGACUCCUGCAGGAUGUGUUUUGAAGAGACUGAAUUAAUGAUGACAGAAAGAGCGGACCCUUUCAAGACAGACUUUCCAUGUAAUUUUUUGACCACAAAGAUUUUAAAGUUUUAUUCCAAAGCUAUUUAACUACUAAAAUACAUCUUGUGGAUCAGUACAAAGUGAGACUUUGUUCCUCCAAAUACGUCUAUGAACUUCAUUUUAUAUUGCUCCUCUUUUCUCCUCUUCUUCCCCCCCCCCCCCCAAAAAAAAGAUUGUUUAACUUUAAUAUACAUCAAUCCUGUAAGAAUUGGUAUAUCUCAAAUCUCAGGUACUUGGCCACAGGAAUAAAACCAAGUAUGACUUUGACAUA